ACGAGAGAGAGAAGUUUUUCAGAGUAGAGCCGAUCUCAGCAGCAGAGAGGGAGUGCUAGAGGAAGGGGGCAGAGCCAUAAGAAAAGAAAAGAGAGAAGCAAGGAGAGCUGUUUGCCUAAACCCUGUUGGCUUCCCCAGUGUGCGUUUCCCAGUGUUGCUCAGCAGACCGUGUUGUAGAGACUGCCACGGUGUCCCUGUGUCUCUGUGUGCUCGCUGCUGACCAGUGGAGAGUGAAAACAAGAGAGGGUGGGGGGGGUGCGGGUAGGAGCAAGGAGUAGACUCUGGACAUCCUGUCGGUGGGGUUGCCCAGUCGAAGCGGUUUUACGUGACAGGUCCAGCAAACAUGCAGGAAAGCACAGGUGGAACUAGAGCCGAUGCUAAAGUGAAUAAUCAGUCAGAAACUACUAAAUGUGAAAUGGAAAGUGGUGACGGGAACACCAGAGUCCAAACAAAUGGACUGGACUUUCAGCGGCAGUCUGUGCCGACCACAAUCUCUAACGCACAUGCACAAGCGCUCCUCCAACAGUCUAAGUCGGAAGACUCUGGUGCUCUUCCUGCCUCCGUCCAGCAGAGCGUAUUGCCUCAGACCCAGCUAAUGUUGGCAGGGGGACAGAUUGCUGGAUUGACCCUGAGCCCAGCACAGCAGCUGCUGCUCCAGCAGGCCCAGGCUCAUCUGCUGGCUGCAGCCGUGCAGCAGCAGCAGCAGCAUUCAGCCAGCCAGCAGAACAGCAACACUGGAGCCAACAUCUCGGCCACCGCAGUCACACCGAUUACCCAGCUGCCCCUGUCACAGCCCAUCCAGAUCGCCCCUCAGCUACCGCAGAAUCUAACCCUGCCUCAGUUUGUCCUGGUUCAGCCUGGCCACCCAAUUGCAACACCCUUACAGCCCGCUCAGUACAUCAUCUCGCAGACGUCGUCGGGCCAACAAGGCAUAUUGCCAGCCCAGAGUCUUUUAACUCAACUACCUCAAAGCCAAGCUAACCUCCAUUCGACUCAACCAAGCAUCACCCUUGCUACUAAGCCUGCUUCUCCAACCUGUACAACACCAUCUACAAACAUCAAGAGCCUGCCCCACAGUCAGACACCGCCCAAGCGGUUGGACACCCCCACCAUGGAGGAGCCCAGUGACCUUGAGGAGCUGGAGCAGUUUGCAAAAACGUUCAAACAGCGACGAAUCAAACUGGGUUUCACACAGGGUGAUGUUGGCCUAGCUAUGGGGAAGCUCUAUGGAAAUGAUUUCAGCCAAACGACCAUCUCUCGCUUCGAGGCCUUGAAUCUGAGCUUUAAGAACAUGUGCAAACUCAAGCCUUUGCUGGAGAAGUGGCUUAAUGAUGCAGUUUGUGCAGAGAACCUGUCAUCUGACCAAUCCUUGUCCAGCCCCAGUGCGCUGGGUUCCCCGGGCAUGGGCAUAGAGGGCAUCAACCGCAGACGGAAGAAGAGGACCAGUAUUGAGACCAACAUUCGAGUGGCCUUAGAAAAGAGCUUUCUGGAGCAGAACCAAAAACCUACCUCUGAGGAGAUCAGCAUGAUCGCCGACCAGCUCAACAUGGAGAAGGAGGUGAUCCGGGUCUGGUUCUGCAAUCGCCGACAGAAGGAGAAGCGGAUAAACCCGCCCAGCAGUGUCAAUAAUGGAGGAGGUAGCACCUCCAUUAAAACCAUCUUUACCCCUAGCAGCCCUUUGGUGGCGAGCACAGCAAGCCUUGUUAGCAGUCCAACUAUUAACACAUCCGCCACCCUGACUGUAAACCCAAUGAUGCCUCUCACCAGCACCAGUGUCUCCAGUUUGGCUUUCACAGGCACAACAGUUGGAGCCACAAACACUGCAUCUGUCAUUUCCACCACACCUGUACUUACUACAUCAACCAGCGCUCCAUCUAUAAGCCCAUCCACGACCACUGUUCAGUCCCCAUCCAUAGACAGCAAAGCCGGGAUCCAGACGCUGGUCUCGCACACUCCGACGUCCAUAGCUACGUCUCUAGCGACAGGCCAGGUGAUGCUGGCAGCUCCGGGGCUCACCGCAGCGCUGCCCACCAGUGCAAGCUUUGCAGCCAUGGCUGCAGCUGCAGGCCUUAACCCAGGACUCAUGGCGUCAUCACAGUUCGCUCCAGGGGGCGCCCUUCUUAGUCUGACUCCUGGUGGCCUCGGCAGUACGUUGAGUCCAGCUGUUAUGAAUAACAACACUCUGGCUACAAUUCAAGCAUUGGCAUCAGGCGGCUCUAUCCCCAUCACAUCCCUGGAAGGCGGCAACCUGCUGUUCGCUAACACCUCUGGCUCCAACACACCCAACCUGGUGACAACGCCGCUCUUCCUUAACCCCCAGAACCUGUCGCUGCUCACCAGCAACCCCGUAAGCCUGGUGUCGGCGGGGACGGGCGGGCUGCAGGUCACCACCGACGCCCACCACCAGGCCACCACCGCUGCCGUGCCUGUGCAAGCCUCGACCAUUACCACUGCCUCCAAGGCUCAGUGAAGCCCGGGUUUUGAGGCCCACGUUUCCCAUCACGAGCACUGCUCCCAUCACGCCGUGCGGGAUAGGGAAUAAGACGGUCGUUGAAUACACGGGCUUCACUACCCGCUCCACACUUUUAUGAUUAGAACUAGAACAUUAUUAAAUCUAUUUGCUGCCACCAAAAUGAAAACGACAUCCAAUGUAAUUGGGCCUAGUUUUUGUUUUCUCUCCUUUUUAACAUUUUGUUUCACAAACUCUCAUGUUGGCCUGAGCCCUCCAGUCCAGGAGGGACAAAAACUCGCCACCAUCUCUAUGAUGUACAUAUUCUCUUCUAUCUCCAGUUCAGAGUCAAUUGUGAUGCUUUUAACCAAAAAACAAAAAUGUUUUCCAGUUUAACAUUUAAACUAGAAUGUUUUUUACUAAUUUCACAAUGUUUAUCAUGACUAACUAGGGUUUGUGCAUCACUUUGUCUUUAACUUUUUUUUUUUCUUCAUUGACAGGCUUUAACUUUAAUCAUAUCAAAGUUUAACUUUUUGUUUCUUCCCUUUUGCUUUAUGUCCUUUUUUUUCAAAUUGAGAUCUUUAUAGUUCUAAUUAUUAUUCUUGAUUAAUUUAAUAUUCACCUAUCACUUUUUAAUCAUGGUUAUAAGGCUUUAAAAAUAAGUAAUAAGUGGCCGAUUUAAAGGUUAUCGUUGCUUUAAGGGUCGGAGGUGACUGGGCGGGUCUCUCUGCAUCUCUUCUCUGGAAACACUGAGUUUUACGCGUCGCUAUGGCGACCAAGACGCCUUCAAGCUUUUUUAAAACAAGGAUCUAGUUGUGGAUUGUUGACAUGGACGGAAAAUAGCUCAAAAUAUUGUGUGAAGAGCUUUAUAGAGAGCAGGCUGGAGCCUCACCUCUGACUGAGAUGGUUCGGGUUGCAAUGUACUUCUGCAGAUUGUUCAGAUCAGUUUCUGGCUGUGUGUUUUUCUUUAGGACUAGUGCUGGUGGUACUGGCUCAUUGGGGUUACUUUAUCGUGAGUCUUUUUUCUUUUCAAUAGUAGUACUAUAAUGGAAUUGUGCACAGUAUCUGUACCAAAAAAACUGGAUUGAUGAGCUGCAGUCUGCCUGUUUUUGGGAGGAAUGAAUACGUACUUUAAGAUAUACCAAAAAUAUUUGUUAAAAUAGUCGCUGUGUGUAGUCAGUGUAGCUUAGUCUAGUCGAUAUAUUUAUGAGUACAGAAUCUCUCUUCAUUGUCAACAGAAUAUAAAAAUGCAAUAUUUUGAUGACCAUUUUCCAAAGAUAACUUUUUUUUUUUGUUUUUUUCUAAAUUGGCAGCACUACUCGCCAACAAAUGAGAGGGAUGGGAGGGGUUUGGUUGUUAGAAUUUUUUUUUUUUUUUUUUUUACAAAACCGUUUAUUUUUACCACCUGGGCCUUGCCCUCAAUUUUUUUUUUAUAAUUUUUUAGAGCCAUUUGAAGGCUUGCUUCCUUUUCUAAUCUGUUCUGGUAGCAUUUUUGCCGUUCUUUGGAAACUGUAGUAUAAAGUAGGCAUGGGCUGGUACAAUCUUUACGUUAUUAAGAAAAAAUAGAUAAAAAAACAUGAACCUCGAUCAAAUUGCUAAUCUUUUGUUAUCUAACAGCAUGACUGAUUGUCAUUUUAACAUUGUAACCUUUACUGGAAAUUAAGUUUUGGAGGCUGGAAAUAUUUGCAAAGAGAUGCCUAUUUUUUAUGUGUUGUAAGUAAGAGAGGUUUCGCUGCCUUCAUUUGGCCAGCUGACCAGCAAUGCACAGCAGCAUUUGGAGCAGUGGUACCUAUGGUUCCUAAAAGAUUUCACAAAGCGGAUUUUCGACAUAGGAACUGCAAUCUUGCUUAUUUUAAAGUUGCAGCUUUUUAAAACCCUGGUAUAAUUUGAUACAGCAAACCGGCCCAUGCCUAAUGGAUUUAUUUCCUUUUUGUUGUUGUAGUGCUAAUAUUCAGCCAUAAAACAACAGCUCGAACCAAAGCAGUUUUACUCAGCAGCUGCUGUGCCUGUCGGCGCACGCAUGUUGUUAUUCAUAAGGUUUCUACUAUCCCUCCACCCCCUGCAAGUAGUUUGCCAGAUUCUCCCCGAUUUGGUGCUGCUGGAUUCAGAUCACAGAAACAUAGCUUUAACAACUUGCUGCUGGAGCUCCCGACGGGAAGCCGAGCUGUCGAGGGGCCCACAUGCCUCCUUUAUAGCUUUAUGACUACACCCUGUGGAAAUCAGGGUUCAGUAGUCUCCACCCUCCUGACAGGAGGGCUCACCUCUGUAAAUGCAUCAAUCUGAUCAUCGGAAAGCACUCUUCAUCUUCUUAGCGCCACCUCUUUGUAUCGUCUCAUCUGCAGACACAUUUAGUCAAAUCCUACAGAAAAGUAGCAUUGGACUUUAAUCCAAAUGAUGACUUUGAAUCCUGUAUCCAUUAUUUUUGUGAAAUCUGUCCACACAGUCCUCCUCCUCCUCUUUUUUUAAAUAAUUGUGACUAAAUAUACCUCAGCAGCACUUCAAUAUAGGUUAACCUUUAGACAUUUCUGGGUGUAGAAUGUAUAAGUACUGUCUGGCUUUGCCAUUCAGAGGUUAUACCGUUCAUAGGAACCAUAGCAUUAAAGGACAACCUACUACUACUACUGCUAUUUUCUAGUACUACUAUUUAAGUGAUGUUUCCAGGUUGAAAUGUUAUUUUGAGAACUCUUUUGCCAAAGUAAAAGCUUUUUCUCUUUGAAGCUUUUGGAUGUGUGGCCCCCUCCACCCUGCAGGGGGCGCUCAGUCCCUUCCCACUAGUUUAUGUUUCACCCUGCACCAUGGCAAACCGACUGGCACCAUAGGAUGUUACUGAAAUAUUUAUCUGAGGAAAGACUUAAGAAUUAGAGAAACAACCUUUUCUUAAUUCUAUACAUAUAAAUAUAUAUAUAAACACUUGUAAGAUAUUCAUAUUUUAUAUUUGAACUAGUAUGUUAUCAAGAUUGAAUGUAGUGGUUAUCAUGCUAACUCAAAAGAAUAAAUCUCCCCACAACCUUUUAUUGCUUUUGAUUUUUCUCUUUUUUUUUUAACUGACCAAAAAUAUGAGGAAAUCUGUGAGGAUGCCUCCGUUUUUGACUAGCGGAGCUCAAGACGCUGAAGCAUCUGACCUUAAUGCUUUAUUUUUAUUAUUGUUGUUAAGGCUAAGAAUCUAAUUUGUUGUGGAUUUGAUUUGCUGUGAUGUCUUUAACAAUCAUUUUUCUUUAACUUUAUGCCUUUGAUUGUUUUUGUAUACCGUGAGAGGAUGCGAUCACUGGCUUUCGUAUGUCGACUGAGUGGAUUAACGUUAUCAUUUAUGCCUUACUGUUACGUAGAAGACUUGAGCAUUGUAGCAUUGUGUGGGUUUGUGUGUGGCGAGGGCUAAUUUCACUGAAACGAUAGAUAUUUUGGGGCAUUUUAAGAGUGGAAUGAUGUUUUUGUUCUCGACAGGAUGGGAAAAACUCUACUAAUAAUUUCAGUUGCUUUUUGUGUGUGUUUGGGUUGUCUGCCACCUUUAUGGUGCAUUCCCACGCCCCCCCCCAUCUUCCAGCUGGUGUAUUGAGGGAUUUUUCUUUUCUUUUAUCAAACGUUUUGUUGUAAAGGAAUGCUGACUUUGUUUUGGACUGAGUUCAUCUACUGAUUUGGCCACAAGCUUCUGGCAGCCUGCUUUGGGGGAAAAACCUGGUUUGUGGUCAACUUUUUAUCCUUAUGAGCUGUUUUCUUGGCUUUUAGUGCUUCACUGUCAGUAGGUGAUCUUGAGACUUCAAGGCGUCCUCGCGGUUCAGCCAGGCGACUAUUUUCAGCCUGAUUAUGUCGGUUUGCUGUGGAGGAAAAACGGUGGACCACCAGUACGGCAAAACAAACUGUUGUAUACCUCAUUUCUAACUCAAGACUGAGUGAAACCUGCUUUAAUCUACUUAGGA